AGGCUGCUCUUGAUCAUGUCUGUGGAGGUCUUGCUUGAAGAACUAGAGGUUUUAGAGUCCAUAUAUCCCACCGAACUCCAGAGAGUAUCGGAACGCGACGUACGCAUUGAAGCUGAACCAGAUGAUCUAGCUGAUGGGGUUGAAGCUGUGAAAGUAACGUUGUGUGUGUCGUACCCUGACGGAUACCCAGAUGUGUUGCCAAAUCUAUCCCUACAAGUCGAGGAAACGAAUUUUAACGAAAAUGAAGUGCAAGGUCUAAUCAAUGACCUGAGAGCGGUGGGAGAAGAAAACCUUGGGAUGGCAAUGACGUUCACUCUUGUGUCACAUCUUCGAGAACAGCUGUCUAAACUUGUUCAAUCCAAGGCAGACGAAUUAGAGAGGGCAGAGGAGGCUCGAACUCGCGGAACGCCUGUCACUCCUGAAUCUUUCAAAGUGUGGAAAACCAACUUUGACAAAGAAUUGGCCUUGAAGAAGGCUCAAGAAGAUGAUGACAAGCUAAGGGGAUUGACGCCCAAAGAACGUGAAGAAUGGAAGAAGCUGGGAACAAGAUUGACAGGGCGUCAAUUGUUUGAGCGCAACAAGGGUAUAGAAGACGAAACACUGUUAGAGGAAGGAACUGUCUCUGUGGACAUCUCUCAAUAUGAACGCACAAGAGAAGAAAUGGAACCCGAAGAAGCCGUAACAUUCAGUGAUAGCGAUUAAGCAUUCUAGAAUAAACCGAUUCUAUGUAUUACCCUGUGGCCGUCUAAUUCAAAGUCCUUGUAAUAUUCC